GAAGAGAAAACGAGGGAAUCGACUAUCGAGAGUAGAGUGAUCUCGAGAUCGAGAUCGAGAUCGAGAGAGAGAGAGAGAGAGAGGAUGGUGAAGGUGAGGAUGAACACGGCGGACGUGGCGGCGGAGGUGAAGUGCCUCCGCCGCCUCAUCGGCAUGCGCUGUGCCAACGUGUACGACAUCUCCCCCAAGGCAUACUUGUUCAAGCUCAUGAAUAGUAGUGGGAUCACGGAUUCUGGAGAGAGUGAAAAGGUCAUGCUUUUGAUGGAAAGCGGCGUUCGAUUGCACACUACUCAAUAUGCUCGUGAUAAAAAUACAACUCCUUCUGGGUUUACUCUCAAGUUGCGCAAGCACAUUCGGACAAGAAGGCUUGAAGAUGUGCGCCAACUUGGAUAUGAUCGUAUUAUCCUUUUUCAAUUUGGAUUGGGUGCCAAUGCUCAUUAUGUUAUUUUGGAACUUUAUGCUCAAGGAAAUAUACUCCUUACUGAUUCUGAGUAUACUGUCUUGACACUUCUCCGGUCACACAGAGAUGAUGAUAAAGGGCUGGCGAUUAUGUCACGCCAUCGGUAUCCAAUUGAAGCUUGCCGUGUUUUUGAAAGGACUAGCUUUACCAAAUUAAAAAUGGAACUCACUUCUGUGAAGUCAGUCGAUGAUAAAGAACCUACUAAUUUUGAUGAAAGUGGUGGUGAUGCUCAUGAAAAAUCAAAAGAAACAAGUAAAAAUAGUAAGAAUAGUAAGAAUAAAAAUGCACAUGAUGCAAAUAAGAAGCUCAAUGAUGGAGCUCGGCCAAAUAAGUCUACUUUAAAGACUCUUCUAGGGGAUGCGUUGAAUUAUGGUCCUGCUCUUUCUGAGCACAUCAUAUUGGAUGCUGGGCUUAUUCCUAAUAUGAAAGUUGGAAAUAGCACUGAUAGCCAGAUAGAUGAAGACUCUAUGCAGGCUUUGGCAAAAGCUGUAGCUAGGUUUGAGGACUGGCUUGCAGAUGUUAUAUCAGGUCAGAAAGUUCCAGAAGGGUACAUUUUAAUGCAGAGUAAAGCCACUGGGAAGAAGGAAAAUAUACCACUUUCAGAGCCAACUUUGGAUAAGAUCUAUGAUGAAUUCUGCCCUUUGCUGUUGAAUCAGUUGAAGUCCAGGGAAUGCGUGAAAUUUGAGACAUUUGAUGCAGCCCUGGAUGAGUUCUAUAGUAAAAUUGAAAGCCAAAGGGCAGAGCAACAGGCAAAAGCAAAAGAGGGAUCUGCCAUGCAGAAACUCAGUAAAAUACGUUUGGAUCAGGAAAAUCGUGUGCAAACACUGAGGAAAGAAGUGGAUCAUUGUGUUAAAAUGGCAGAGUUGAUUGAAUACAACUUAGAAGAUGUGGAUGCUGCAAUUUUAGCAGUUCGAGUUGCCCUUGCAAAUGGGAUGAAUUGGGACGAUCUUGCACGCAUGGUGAAGGAAGAGAAAAAAUCAGGAAAUCCUGUUGCUGGCCUCAUUGAUAAACUCCAUCUUGAAAGAAAUUGUAUAACUCUGCUACUGAGCAAUGAUCUUGAUGAAAUGGAUGAGGAUGAGAAAACCAGCCCUGUUGACCGGGUAGAGGUUGAUUUGGCACUUUCUGCACAUGCCAAUGCCCGACAUUGGUUUGAGCUAAAGAAAAAACAGGAGUUCAAACAAGAAAAGACAAUCACUGCACAUGAGAAGGCUUUCAAAGCAGCUGAAAAGAAGACUCGUCUUCAACUUGCUCAGGAAAAGACUGUGGCUGCAAUCUCUCACAUACGCAAAGUUCAUUGGUUUGAGAAAUUUAACUGGUUUAUCAGCAGCGAGAAUUAUUUGGUUAUUAGUGGUCGUGAUGCUCAGCAAAAUGAGAUGAUAGUCAAGCGAUACAUGUCUAAAGGAGAUUUGUACAUCCAUGCAGACCUGCACGGAGCUUCCAGUACUGUGAUCAAGAACCACAAACCUGAUCAUCCAGUACCACCUCUCACACUGAAUCAAGCAGGAUGCUUCACUGUUUGUCACAGCCAAGCAUGGGACUCAAAGAUUGUUACCAGUGCUUGGUGGGUCUACCCUCACCAAGUCAGUAAAACAGCUCCCACUGGCGAGUAUCUUACAGUAGGAAGUUUUAUGAUUCGUGGUAAAAAGAACUUCCUGCCUCCUCACCCCCUUGUUAUGGGUUUUGGUAUUCUAUUUCGAUUAGAUGAGAGUUCCUUGGCAUCUCAUCUAAAUGAAAGAAGGGUAAGAGGUGAAGAUGAAGGUGACCAAGAAAUUGAAGGGGAAUUGCAUAAAGAGCCAAGUGCUUCUGAUUCAGGCGAUGAAGUCAAUGGUGAAGGUGGGAUAAAUAAGGACUUGAGUCAUGUGUCGAGCUUGAGCAUGAACCAUUUGGAAGUUGAAGAAAAGCUUUCAAAAGUUAUUGAUGCACCUUUAGUAUCACCAUCUCGUCUUGAAACAUCUGGUGACUUCAUAGAGGAAGUUAUUGAAGGAGUGGAUUCCUCAAAGGGCAUGCACACUGAAUUAGAACCUGAGACAGGCCAAAGAAGUGUGACUUCUAAAUCAUCUGAACUUGAUACUCUCAUGGACAUGGCCCUGGGCCUUGGCCCUGCCAAAUUAUUGAGUACAAGUUCUGCACUCAGCACUACACAGCCAGCUUUCACAGAGGACCCUGAUCUUGAAGGGAGGAAAGGUACAAUGCGAGAAAAGCCUUACAUUUCAAACGCUGAAAGACGGAAAUCAAAAAAGGACCAGAAAAAUGGUACUGGAAAUGAUGAUAAUGAAAAGGAACAUAACAAACCAUCUGUUAGAACAGAUGUCAGUGAAAAUCAGAAGCCUGCAAGUUCAAAGAUUACUCGGGGGCAAAAGAGCAAGCUUAAGAAGAUAAAAGAGAAGUAUGCUGAACAGGACGAAGAAGAAAGGAAAAUUCGCAUGGCGUUGCUAGCUUCUGCUGGAAAAAUUGUCGAAAUGGAAAAGGAGCAAGGGCAAAGUGAAGUCCUUGGUGGAUCAAGCAAAUCAAUAAUUGGAGCCGAAGAUGACUCGAAGAUAUGCUAUAGGUGUAAAAAGGUUGGCCACCUUUCUCGCGAUUGUCCAGAAUAUAUGGCUGAAAGUGAUCAUCCACAUCCAGUUACAAAUAAGCAUGACAACAAUGAUGUCUCUCAAGAUCUUUCGGCUACAGAGCUGGGCAAAGCAACUGCUGAGAUGGAUAAAAUUACAAUUGGAGAAGAUGGUAUCAAUGAGAUAGGUGAAGAGGAGAAGGAGAAACUAAAUGAUUUAGACUAUUUGACUGGCAAUCCACUUGUCAAUGACAUUUUACUGUAUGCUGUUCCUGUGUGUGGUCCGUAUAAUGCUCUGCAGACGUACAAAUAUCGUGUCAAAAUCACUCCAGGCACUGCAAAGAAAGGAAAAGCUGCCAAGACUGCGAUGAAUCUAUUUAGUAGUCAUAUACCAGAAGUGACAAAUCGGGAGAAUAAGGAGCUCAUGAAAGCAUGUACAGAUCCCGAAUUGGUAGCUACUGCUGCAAUCAUCGGCAAUGUGAAAAUAACAGCGCCAGGCCUCACCCAACUGAAGCAGAAACAGAAGAAGGGGAAGAAAUCAGCUAAGGACAAUUAACUGAGGCCGAGGCUGUGUCAUGAAUGCGGCUUUUGAUACUAAAGCGUAUUUCUACAUGCAGCAACAAGUUUUUGCGAGCUGUGCAAAUGCAGAAGAGAGGAGCUUCAUGUGGUCAUUAUACUUCUCUGUAAAUAUGUUUGAUCACAGUGUAAUUGUUUUCCUUUCUGUUUUUUAGCCAUGAAAUUUGACCAUGAAACUGAUGGAAUUGUGGCAAAUGUAUUGAUGAUAUUUACAUUAAAAAUCUUUUCUUUUAA